CUAGUUCCCAUAGUCUUUUCAGUGCACGCUUAGAUAAAAAAGAGGAAAAAAAGCAACCUCAGUAGCCAUGGCUGAGUAUCAGCAGCAACAACCCCAGACUGAUAACUACAACAAUUACUUUCAGGGCAACCAUCCUUCGACCUCGAAAGUUCUCGCAGUUGUCACCCUCCUUCCUGUCGCUGGCACCCUUCUGGGGCUUGCUGGUUUGAGCCUCGUUGGAACCCUCAUAGGGCUUGCCUUCGCCACGCCGCUUUUCCUGCUGUUUAGCCCCGUUUUGGUCCCCGCUGCUCUCGUCAUUACCGGUUCCGUAGCCUCGUUCUUGACAUCUGGAGCCUUUGGGAUCGCCGGGCUUUCAUCGCUCUCGUGGAUUGCCAACUAUCUUCGUGGAACGCGGGGCUCUAUGUCGCAGCGGCUAGACCAAGCAAAAAGGCGGGCGUAGGAAACGGGGGGAUAUAUACGCCAGAGGGCGAAGGAUGUGGGUCAGAAGAACCAGAAUAGGAGCCAAGAAGGAGGAAGGACGACCCAGGAGAGUGCCACAGAUUAGAAGAGUGGCACGACCCAAGAAGGCGUAAAGAAGUAGGGAGGCCCAUUGGGUUUUGUUUCUUGAGUUCAGGUUUGAUCAUGUAUCAGUUGGGUCAUGC